GAGAGAGAGAGAGAGAGAGAGAGAGAGAGCACGGAAUAUCCUAAUGCCCAAUUCUAUUCCCAAUUCUAAGGGUAAACUCUUUUACCUAAUUUUCGCACAAUUCUGAUAAAAGCCUUUUCGCACUCUGGAAUUUCUUAAUCUAUAUGAGCAAGAAAUGUGUGUUCUUACAUUUAUAUGACUUUUCGAAUCUCCCAGCACUUGCAUUUUCUUGCGACAACUGCCGGAAACUCAGAUACAAAACAUAAGGCUGCUUCUUCUUCUUCUUCUUCUCUCUUUUUUUUUUAGGGUUAAUUUCCGUUUUGUGUCUAUGCUGAAAAUCUCGGAAAUUGGAGCUGCAAUCUGGUGUUCUUGAUCGGAUUUUUUGUUCAGAUAGUGAAUUCUGAAGACAUUUCCCGACAGUCAACAGAUCUAAAAUUGUUCAGCAAAGAAGCAAUUGAGAUCCAGGAUAGUGCUAUACAUAUGUCUGGACUUAUUGAAGGUCUUCCAGAUGCUGUGGUCCUAAGGUGCCUUGCACGGGUUCCGUUUCAUCUUCAUCCCAAGUUAGAACUUGUUUCCCAUUCGUGGCGAGAAGCCAUUCGUAGCACUGAACUCUUUAAGGCCCGUCAGGAGGUGAAAGCAACUGAGGAAUUCAUAUGUGUCUGUGCAUAUGAUCCUGACAAUCUAUGGCAGCUUUAUGAUCCUGUGCAUGACCUUUGGAUAACUCUCCCUCAUCUUCCUUCAAAUAUUCGGCACCUUGCACACUUUGGUGUUGUCUCUGCUGCGGGAAAGCUAUUUGUGUUGGGUGGUGGUAGUGACGCUGUAGAUCCUCUGACGGGUGAUCAGGAUGGAUGUUUUGCUACAGAUGAGGUCUGGUCAUAUGAUCCAGUAACUAGGCAGUGGGCCCUUUGUGCUUCCAUGAUUGUCCCUCGUGCAAUGUUUGCUUGCUGCGUAUUGGAAGGAAAGAUAAUUGUUGCCGGUGGUUUUACUAACUGCAGGAAAUCAAUAUCCAAAGCUGAAAUAUAUGACCCAGAGAAGGAUGUGUGGCUUCCAAUACCUGAUCUCCAUCACACACACAAUUCUGCAUGUACGGGAGUGGUUAUUGAAGGUAAGGUUCAUAUCUUGCACAAGGGUUUAUCGACGGUGCAAGUCUUGGAAAAUAUUAAGGUUGGUUGGACAGUUCAUGACUACAGUUGGCUCCAAGGUCCCAUGGCAGUUGUUAAAGGGAAGCUGUAUAUAAUGAGUCAUGGACAAAUUUACAAGCAGGAGAAGUAUUCAAGUAAGCUGAUUGUUUCAGCAUCUGAGUUCCGUCGGAAGAUUGGUUUUGCCAUGAUGGGCUUGGGAGACGAGAUCUAUGUUAUUGGAGGGGUUAUCGGACCUGACAGGCUGAACUGGGACAUCAAGUCGACAUCUGACGUGGAUGUUUUGACACUUGGAAAUGAGAGAUCCGUUUGGCGGCAGGUGGCUCCCAUGACACGGUGCCGUGGAACUGUUCUCGGAUGUACACAGCUGAGAAUUUAGGCCAUUCAUAUGUACAAACGGAGUUCUUCAGCCCAAGCUUGACCAGCAGAAGAAGAAAUGCCUAGAUUUGGCUGUAAACAACUUACGAUGCUGCUUAUUGUUGAGUGGUUGGACGUACUUUUUUGGUUGUCCAAUACUUGGAUAGAGAGGCAUUACAUAAUCCUCUUUUAGUUUAGAUACAGUGGCACUUGGCACUGACAUCAGCCUGGGAAAACCUGAAACGGAUAUCUUUUAUUUGAGGUUCUUUUUGCUUUUGUAAUUGCACCUUCUUGUAUGAGUUGCUCCUGUUUUGAAUGGAUCGUUAUGCUUUCUUCUCUCUA